CACAGUAUUAUAUGUAACUAUAAGCGGGUAAAACUUAUGACAUGUCUUUCAUUAAAUAAAAACAACUGCAACUGUUGACAUGUUGUGGUAUAAGAGGUAUAAAAUAUGUUUGGACGUGCUGUUAUUGGAAAACACUCAACUUCCGGUUGCUAAACAUAAUUGCUGUUUGUGUCAGUCAGGCCGCAUGAAGUACGUUACAGCCGUUUCAAUCAUAGGGGACCCUCUUUCGACCUUUCCAAUAUGGCGAACGCGUUGACGUCCCGUAAUAGAAGCCGAUAGAUGCAGCUACAUCCACGUCUACUUUUUUUUUUUGGCCAAUCGCAGAGUAGGAGGCGGGGUUUGUCGGAAUGCGGUUUCAGUGUUUUCUUCCGGUAUUGGUGCAUUACGUCACCGUGUAAAAAGUGAAGCCACGUGGUUUCUGACAGCUAUUUCUACUAAACUGUAUCGUAUUUAAAGUUGACUAAAUUCCUGACACACAGCCAGAAAUGAGUUCUCAGAAAGGCGCCACGUCUCGAACUCGAGGACAAAAAUAUCAAAACACGACCGCUUUUAAGAAUGACAAACACGGCGCGAGUCCUCAAGUGAAGAAAGCCAACGCGAAGGUGCAUGACGGUGUGUGUCAGCGCUGUAAGGACAUCCUGGAGUGGAAGGUCAAAUACAGCAAAUACAAGUCUCUCACACAACCUCGCAAAUGUGUUAAGUGUCUGCAGAAGACAGUGAAGGAUGCGUAUCACAUCAUGUGUCGGCCCUGUGCACUCCAGCUGCAGCGGUGUGCUAAAUGUGGGCAGAGUGAAGAGGUGGUCAUUCCGUCUAAAACUAUUUAUUACGAGAUGUACACAAAGAGAGAAGAAAUCAGUUUUGGUAGUUUCGACUUGAAGGUAGUUAAAGAAGCAGGAGUUUGCAGCGAGUCGAGUCCUCAGCUGGAAUGAAACUGAAGCGGCUUGCUUUUAGUCAAGCAUCUGAAUCAUUUGGCAGAGGGAAGAGGCUGAAAUCUGAGGUGUGCUAUGAGGUAGGGGUCAGAGGAUACUUUUAAAGCUGGAUGUAUUUUGAUGUAGAUGGAUUGCACUUAUUUUUGGGGCCUGACACACAGUCCGUUCAUGUUCCGUUCUUGGUAUGCGAGUCAGUGUUGACGUAAGAGAUGAUGACGGCAGAUGACCGGAUGCUUUGGAUGACCGCUUUGAUGUUAGUAUCACUAACCACACACUAGCGUUCGCUACAGAUUCUGGUAUGUUUCAUCAAUAAUCACGGCCAAGAACCCGUAUUCCCAGAAAGAGGCAGUUUGAUUGACAUGCCAGAUGACCAAUCACAGACCUUUUCCUACAGCAAACGCAUGAAAUUAUUAAUUACUCACCACUAACUAUGAAGAAUAAAGCACUCGGGCAUGCACUGAUAGGAAAGGUUCUUAUUGCUCUUGACUAAAUAAUAAGUUGCUGUUAUUAGUUAUGCUUCUGCUAUUGAUCCUUUAAUCAUUUUAGUAUGUUUCCUGGUCAGACAAACUCUUUUUAAUGUCACAUAGGGUUUGAUGAUGAGCUAAUGGUGUUAAGUGGUGGCAGGUGUGUUACAAACGUAGAGCAGUGCUGAGCUGUGUAUAUAAACUGUCCUCUAGUGGAGACAUGGUACAUUGCAUUUAUUAAAGUUUCUGUUCAGCUCACUUCAAAAUACUGUCACUGGCUCAAUUGGUUAUUUAACCUUGAUCAUGUCAUGGAUGUUGUCUUCACAGUAAUCGGUUUUAGAAAUUUUACGUAGAGGAUCGUCUUUACCAUGUCAGCGAGUGCGUAAGCGGGAAUUUGUGUUCUGUUUUGUUUUUAUUAGAUGCCGAUGAGAAUUCAUCAUCAUCAUAACGCUUUACUUUUUGCAGGCUGGACAAAAAGGAAGACGAGGAAGUGGAGGAAGAAGAGCCGAAAGGAAACCGGAGGAGAAAAAAGCGAGACGCCCAUCGAACAGACGAGGAGGAUGAUUUGGAUGAUCUGGGUGAAAUAGACAGCGAUUGCGAUUCU